AUGGUCCGUGUAUAUCACGAGAAAAGAUCAAUUGAUAAUGAACAUGUUCUUACUGAUAAUGAACAUGUUCUUACUGAAUGGGAAAAGCACGGGACUUGCUCCGAGUCCGAGCUCGAUCAGAAAAAUUACUUUGAAGCAGCCCUCAAACUCAGAGUGCUGGGCACAGCCCAAGUUUAUUUGUGCGUCGACACUUCCGGCCAAGACAUCAUUGAGUGUCCUCUCCUUCCAAGGGGACGAUGUGCUUCCAAAGUUCAGUUCCCUAAAUUUUGA